AUGGCUUAUUUAUUAGCAAUUCUAGCAUUUUUGGGCGCUUUUUGUGUACCGUUAUUCGGUGAAAUGGCGCAUUGGGAACCAUUGAAUAUUGGAAUUAUCAGGCAGAAAGAAAUGCUUCACUUAUCAUCAACAGUAUUGGAUGGUUUACGAACAGCUAUUGUUCAAAUGCAAUCACUCAUAAAUAUAUGGUAUCUACCAGAAAACGAUAAAUUAAGCGCUAAAAGUUUACAAUUAUGCAUUCCGCAUUGGCAUUCACCAAUUGGAGAAUGUUACAUGGAGACAGUACAUGGCUUGAAAAAAUUAAAUCCGCUUGAUAUUACAAAAGAUGUCAACUUAAAAUUCUAUGAUAUCAACUUUCUACUUUUCCUACAGGUAGAUGUAAAGAAAUGCAAUGGUGAUGAUGGUUUGCUUGCUGCAGCUGCACCUUGCACUCUUAUCGAUAAUAAUCGUCCAACAGCUGCUCAAUUAAUAUUAUGUCCAUUCAAUCGUCGAUGGAAUUCUUUUCGAGCUAUUAUUGACUUAUUUCGUCAUGAAAUAAUGCAUGCAUUGGGUUUUGGUUUAAUAAUACCUAGAGAAAAUUUUUCCGCUACACCAACAACACGAAAAUUUUUUUGGACUGAUGAAUCGUCCAGUCAGCGUGUAACAGCAACUUAUAUGGAUUUUCAGGAUAAUGCCGUGAUUGAAGCACGAAAACAUUUCGGCUGUCACAGUCUGCAUGGAAUUGAAGCAGAUGGUAUGGAUAAAAUACAUCUCAGCGAAUAUAUUUAUGGUGUAAGAUUUUUGGCUAUUAUUAGCUGA